AUGGCCAGCAUCGGAGACCUCCCCUAUCUACGAGACAAGAUCUUGGAAGACAACACCACAAAAAGAAUCCUCAUCAAACUGAAAUCCAAAACCUUAGACUCAGAAGACUAUCGCGUCUCCGCAAACGAAAUUGUCAAAGAAAUAUUCCCGAACUGGGAAAACGAUCGCCGAAUUCUCUAUCUCGCCAUUGACAUAUGGAAGGAGCGCACCUUCAUCGUUAUCGAUAUCAACAAUCACGAUUAUGACUUUGAAACGGCACACGAAAGCAAGAAGGUUCUUCCAGUCUAUGUGCUUCGACAAUAUAGGAAAAGGCAGGGUUGGGCCCUAGUGCGAUUUCAUCCUGUGGAUGAGCGUCUCAUGAUUCAACUGGCGGAGCUUCAUGAGCAUCAGGGGUGGAAUUCUACGACUCCUUUUCUAGCGGAUCAUACUACAAUGCUUUGUUAUCGCAACCCUCGGGGGUUGCGGCCACGAAGUACUUCUAUUUAG